UUAGGUCAGUAGUGAAUUGAAAGGCCAACGAACAUGUCCAAGCCAGCAUUUGUAUCGCAGGUGUCCAAGGAUAUCGGAGGACUGCCUACCUGGCUUAAUCAGCACGAGUUGCAGAGUUUCAUAUUAGAAAGUAAUCCAAAAGUUCAAGAUAUUAUAAAGAUCGUUAGCAGAUCGGAAAUAUUCUCACAAAAUGUACUGAGUGUGCAAAUCCAAGUUAAAUUAACUGACAACUCCACACAAGUUUUGAAUUACUUGGUAAAAUCAAACGAGCAGACAACUAGUAUUUCUAGCACACCAAAGUUUCCAAGGCCGUACAACUUUAAAUUAGAGCUGCACAUGUACAAUGAGGUCUUGCCAGCACUCAAGAACCUAUAUAAGAAUGUCGGCAAGCAAAUAACCUUCAGCCCUGAUAAUCAUAGCAGUAAGGGAUCAAAUCACCUGUAUUUGGCAAAUCUGCAGACCAAAGGCUAUCGGACUAUCAUUCAGCCUAAAGGUUUGAGAAAAUCUGCAAUGAUGGCAAUUCUUUCCAAACUGGCUGCUUAUCAUGCGGCUACUGCGUGUUAUCUUCAAUUGACUCCUACUCACUUAAAGGCCCAAUUAAAACGGAAUUUAGGGAACGAAACAGAUGGAGAAAUUAUUCAACGUAAAACUUUGUUGCAGCGAAAGUUUAGCGAAAGUUUGCGCUCAAAUGGUCUUCAGCACUAUGAGGAUAAAGUGAAAUAUUAUUUAAAAAAUUUACCAGGAAGUAUUGACACACCCGAUCUGAAAAGAUCUUUCAAUGUUAUUUCCAUUGGAGCUUGUUGGCCCAACAACAUUCUUGGCAGUUUCGAUGCCUUUGGCGAAGUUAAGGAUGUAGUUUUCAUUGAUUUCGGUAAUUCCAGCUAUAGAUCUGCUGCACAUGAUCUAUUUGAGAUACUUCUGACGGUACCUGUCGAGAAAACUGAGAACUUUGAUGCUUUCCUGAGGUAUUAUCACGAUGAGCUCCUCAUCAAUUUGAAGUUGCUCAAGUUCAAGGGAAAUUUACCUACGCUUACAGACCUGCAGCUAGAUCUAUUGAAUUAUGGCUAUGAGGGUUUCCAGGUGGUAAUGGAAAUAUUACCCAUAGUGCUAGCUGAUUUUGAAUCUACUGACAUUGAAGAUCCGUUCAGGACGAAAAAUUAUUCGGAAGAAAUUAAGAAUUUACUUCCCUGGAUGGAGAAUCGCGCUUAUUUUGAAGUUGAAACGGAGCCUAUUAUGUUGUAUUAAAACUUAUUUUGCUUAAGCAAAAUCAAACUAAUUCAACGAACAUCAACCUGAUAAUCCUGUAACCACAACUUGUUUCUCUGCAUAACAACAUUAUUAGGCGUGAUUUACGUGUGAAAUCUUGCAGCUGGCAGAUCCACAACACAUGCCGAUGUAACAGCGAAGCAGUCGAAAAAAAUGGACUUCGCUAACAAUCCGUAAAAUUAAUAAUAACAAACUAAUGUUCCAAUAAAAUGAACAAGAAUACUAUGACGAUUGUUGCAACAACCCUCAGAUGCUUUUUCGAAACAAGUGUACCACCGAGGAUGCAAUUCU